UCCAACCAAAAGCAAUGUUGGUAAUGCGGAGCUGAAGUCGCGAGAGGAAAUAUCCACUUGCAGUCCACCACGGGAAAGCAUUUUGAGGUUGGCUAAGACAUGUUGCGGAGAUAAACACUACUACAAGUCUAAUCCGGCACAAACUGGAAUUAAGCCGACCCGAGUUGACGGAGGAACGAACUUGCUGGGAGAGAGGCAAUUGAAAUCUGGAUGGGAUCAUCUUUGUUCAGCUAGCAACAUGGACCUCGGACUUUCAUUUAGUUUUGGCUGUGCUGAAACACACCAGCUUGACCUGAGUGUGAUGGUGAAACAAGAAGAUACGAAAGAGGAGGAAUACGAUCAUAUGAUUUCAUGCCCCGAUGAAGAAGAAAAGCCGUUUGCAGAGUUUCACGGUAAAUCUGAAACAGACGUCACAGAGUCACCAAGGUCUCCGUACAAUGAACUGCUGCAGACAACAGUGAAGACUGAAGAGGAAGAGGAAGAAACAGAAGAGGAAGAGGAGCAGCAUGAUCAGCCCGAUCUGUUCGAAACCGGGAGUUUUGAAUUCGAGCUACAGCCGAUCACAGACGCCGCCGCCGGAUCCGGAUCCGGAUCAUCGCAGCAGUUCAGGGCGAGCCACUGGCGAGUCGGCGAGAUCCGUGAGCUGCUCGCCAUCACCGCCGAGAGGGCCACGGAGUUCACCGGGACCGUGAAGGACGGCAUAUUACACAAAAAGGUCGCCGAGGAGCUCUGCCGUCGCGGCCAUCGCCGGAACAAGAAGCAGGUCACCAGCAAGUUGAAAAACCUGAGGAGGAAGUACCACCAGGUCCGCGACCACAACAACGGGAGCGGCGGCGGCGGCGUCUGGGUGACGAUAGACUGGGAACAUUUCGAGGCUUGCCGCGCCAUUUGGGGAACGGCUAACAAAACGGCUAAAAAACGUCAAAAUGUCCGGAGAAGUUUGGGCGUGACUCUCGUCGGUUCUCCUGCAUCAAACACCCCUGAGAAUGCCAACACCGUUGCCGAGGAGAAAAGGGACGCAGCUGGCAGCCAAGGUGACGAGGUCCCUCCAGAGAACCUUCCAGAAAGUGGCGAAAUCCCUCCCGAGAACCUUCCAGAAAGCGACGAGAUCACUCCUGAAAACCUUCCAGAAAGCCUUGAAAGCCAAACAGGUCAUUGUUAUUACUCUUCUUCGGAGCAAGCACCCCCUUUGAAGAAAAAGAAGACGGCCACCAAAGCCCAGGCUGCGGCCGAAGAAAUCAAGGAUUUCCUGGUGAGCAUGGACCGCAAGGACGAGCAGAAGGAGAAGAUGUGGCGGGAGAGGGAAGAGGAGCGACAGAGAUCCGAGCGCGAGGAAGACGAGAAAAGGUGGGAGGAAGAGAAGACCAUGCGAGAGGCGGAGAGGUCGAUGCGGGCGGAGCAAAUGAGAUCUCUCGCCGAUCAGUUCAGGGACAUGCACCAAGGGAUGCAGAACGAGUUCGCCCUUCUGCGGAAGACGAUGGCGCAGCUGGCGAAACCUGCGGCGGCGGCCCCCCCGCCGGCGCCACAAUACAGCACCCCACGUCAUCACCGUCCGCCGGUCCCCGAUCGGUAUUCCGGUUAUCCGUCGCCACUUCUGCCCAGCUUCAACUCCGAGGACUCGCAUUCUUCGUCCUCAGACCUGCAACAGCUGGAUUAGAUUUUCCUCACGCUUUACAAACUUCCUUUUUUUUUGUUUGUUUGUUUUUUAAAUACAAAAAAACAUUGGUUUUGUAAAUGUCUUGGACUUCUUUGCACUGAACUGGGGCCUUACACUGUUGUAACAAACUUGUAAAUAGAUAUAAUCUUGCCAUUCUUGCAAGUCAGUGCGGCUUGAAUGAUUAAAUGGGCUACUCUGGGGAGAGCUUAGUUUCCUCCUAAGGCGGGGAUCACAUUAGCCAGCGGCAAGCAGCAGGCUUCCUAUAGACCUCUGAAGUACGCCUACAAAAAUGGGUCGUGGAACUGUGCUGGGGUGUGUUUCUAGAAAAGUUAGCAACAACACUAUGACGCAACUUGCGAUCAAACAACUACGUUUAUACAACUGUUUCUAUAAAGCAUCAUACCUGCGUAGCAAUAGACCUCUGAAGUUCGCCUACAAAAAAGCUACCAUCUUUAUCAAUUUAUUAUUAUUUACCAAUAAGGAGAUCCGGUAUCUUGAGACUUUUUUCUAUGGGAAAGUAACAUGGGGAUUUUCAAUUGUCGCACCUGUUAAACUCUUGCGGGAAUGAUGACAUUGGAAAUGCAGAUGUUUUUCGCUACACAUUUGUGUCCUGCCAUCUAGUGGAUACUGUGAUCUUCGGUAGGUGAAGACGGCACACUUUGAUCUUUGCUACCCCAGAGCUAACUUACAAUGCAACUUGCCAUAGGCAGUUAGCUUCAAUUAACUCCCGGAUCUCCUUACAUGGGCAAAGAUGGCAUCUUUGGGUCCUUUUUAUAGGCGAACUUCAGAGGUCUAUUGAUCUCUAUGAUUCGGCAGUGGACCGGUGACAACGCUGGCGUAGCGCUAGCGUUGAACAAUCUGUUAGUUGAACUUGGUUCAACUUUGAAGCGCAACGCUCGGCUCAUCAAUGUCAGUUUAAGAAUGUUCAGGUAUUUUGACCAAUCAGAUUUGUCUAAGAGCGUAACAACAAAGAUUGAAUUUAGGAACGAGAUAGAAUGUUUUGGAUAUUUAUUAUGGUCUGAGCGUUGCGUUACGCUUGCCGCUGGCUAUUGUGAUCCGCGCCUAAGGGGGUGACUGCUUAAGAUUAAGUUACAUAAUU